AUGUGGCAGACUUCUGUCAUCAUGUACCCACUGCCUCUGCUACUACUUCUGUUCCAACCAGUGCAGUUCCAAAUGACAUCAAAUUCAUUCCAUUUACCAAAUCAUUUGAAAGAAGAUUUUGAGGAUUAUUUGGAAGAGUUUUAUGGUACAGGAUCUACCACAGAAACUACCAAAGAAAAAUUCAAAAGGAAAAUGAUUAUUGUACCUGGAAAACAAAUACAUUUAGGUGAUACUGAAUACUGUAACCAUGCAAUCAAGUUUAAAAAUAUUCACAAUAAGCUUCGUCGUGUGGAAGAACACUAUUUCCUCCAAAAGGUAUAUGAGGAGAUAAGAAAGAUCUGUUACAACUCAUUUAUAAAAUGUAAGAAUGGCAUUAGAAAAUGUAACAGGAGCAAGAAAGUGAUGAAAGGUCUGUAUUGUAAAUUAAAAAGAGGAACCAAAUUACCAGACUGUGAAUAUGAAUCAUUUUAUAGGAGAAGACUUGCCUUUAUCACUUGUAAGUGGAAAAAUGAAAUCCGAGAACUUGUUCCUGUUAGCAUAAAUGAUAUAUCAAUGCCAUAUAGCUAUUAA